AUGGCGAUAGAAACUGAAAAGACGGUAACAAAUCUGGGGCUUCAAGUGCCUCUGGUUACACCAGGAAAAAGCCAAGGUCAAAUAAUCGAGGGCGAUUUUCCACUAGACCAGGCUGUGAUUGACCGGACUCGUGUGCACUCCUGCGAGCGCUACGGGCCAUCGGCUUGGACAGUCACAGCCAAAAUUAUCACUACCCUCUCGAAUGGAGCGCCGAAGAUCUAUUUCCUCAAGUGUGCCAAAGACGACAAAGGGAGAGUCAUGUUAGAGGGAGAGUUUCACUCCAUGCGUGAAUUAUAUAAUGCGAAUCCGAACUUUAUCCCAAAGCCUCACGCAUGGGGGAAAUUCAACAUCUCCAACCCCGACACUUAUUACUUCUUAUGCGACUUUAUCGAGAUGAGCAACAUGACGCCCGAUCCUGUCCAGUUUGCCACCAAUGUAGUGCAGUUACACCAAGCAAGCAAGUCCCCCACCGGCAUGUUUGGGUUCCACAUCAAUACCUGUCAAGGCAAUCUCCCCCAGCAGACGGCGUGGAAUCCAAGCUGGGUAGACUAUUAUGUUCAGCUCGUCAAGGGAGCUAUGGCACUCAACAAAGAAAGAAAUGGUGACUGGAAGGACUUGGAGGAACUAAUUGACAGACUUAUUACAAAAGUAGUUCCCCAAGUCCUUGGACCAUUGGAGUCUGAUGGCCGAGUCGUGAAGCCCACACUAAUUCAUGGCAACCUAUGGGAUGGAAAUAUUGGAAUUAGCCUUGAAACAGGGGGGAUUUACGCUUAUGAUGCCUGUGCUCACUAUGCACACAACGAGAUGGAAGUUGCUAUAUGGCGUACUAGGUCCUGCAAAAUCUUGAGCAAACAAGUGUACCUCAGCUCCUAUGUCAGCCAGAUGGGGAUCAGUGAGCCCAUCGAGCAAUUCGAGGACCGCAAUCGUAUGUACACCUGCUAUAUGGCUUUACAUGCGUCGGCUUGUCACAACGGCUCUUACUUCCGAGAAGAGUAA